AGUCAGCAUCCUCCAGCUUUUUGAAAACUCGUAUAUACAUAGUAGGUCUAGUUAGGUGCAGCAGAAACACUUAGUUCUCCCAACUACCAGAAAUAAAACUCCCAACAUCCGUUGAUAACUAAUAAUCAAUUUCUCCUACCAAAGCCUCUUGUCUCUCAUUUAUGUUCUCCCUCUCACCACCAACGACGAAUCUCUAACGUUCGAAAAUGCGAUGCGCCACAGCUCUCGGCAUCCUUUCGAAAGUCUUGCUGUACCUAUCGCUUGCUUUCUACCUCGCGUACCGAGUCCAUGCGCUGCCUCUCUCCACGAGUGGAAGAUGGGUCGUGGACUCGGCCUCGGGGCAGCGAGUGAAGCUCCACUGCGUCAACUGGGCCGCGCACAUGCCGGCGGUGCUCGCCGAGGGACUCGACCGGCAGCCCCUCGAUGGCAUCGCCGCCGGCAUCGCGGGACUGGGAUUUAACUGUGUCCGGCUCACCUGGGCCACCCACCUCUUCACCAAGGAGAGCUACGAGAACCUCACCGUCUCCGAGUCGCUGAGCUCGCUGGGCCUUGGAGAUGCCUUCGACGGGGUUCGGAGGAACAACGGCUGGAUGGUGGGGAUCACGGUGCGAGAGGCGUUCGAUGCGGUGGUCAAGGCGAUUGGGGAGGCGGGGCUGAUGGUGGUGCUGGACAACCACGUCAGCCGGCCGCAGUGGUGCUGCGGGGACGACGACGGCAACGGCUUCUUUGGGGAUACGUACUUCGAUCCGGAGGAGUGGCUCCGGGGUUUGGAGUUCGUCGCCACGCGAUAUAGAUCGGACAACCCCCAGGUCGUCGGCAUGAGCAUGCGCAAUGAACUCCGUGGACCGAACCAGAGUGAGCCGGCCUGGUACCGCAACAUAGCUCGUGGUGCCCAAAAGAUCCACGGCACGAAUCCUGACGUGCUCAUCAUAGCCUCUGGCCUAAGCUACGACACGGAUUUAAGCUUUUUGAGAAAACGGCCUCUAGGGUCCGACUUCGAUAGCAAGCUAGUACUGGAGGCACAUUGGUACGCGUUCAGCGGCGGGCAGCGCCUGGUGUGGGCCGACCAGCCUCCGAACCGGGUUUGCUCGGAGAUGGUCCGGCGGUUCGACGAGCAAGCCGGGUUUGUGAUCCGCAAUGAGAAUGGAACAUCGCUGCCAUUGUUCGUGAGCGAGUUUGGAGUGGACCAGAGGGGCACGAACCGGGCCGACAACCGGUUCUUGAGCUGCUUCCUCGGCUACGCUGCCGAGAGAGAUCUGGACUGGGCCUUAUGGGCCUUGCAGGGGAGCUACUAUCUGAGGAAUGGGAUCCCUGGGUUUAACGAAACAUAUGGAGUCCUGGAUGCCAAUUGGGAUCGGCCCAAGAAUCCAAGGUUCCGAGAGAAGUUUAGACUCAUCCAAGACACAUUACAAGAUCCUAGAUUGUCUGUCGCGGCAUACCAGAUCAUCUACCAUCCACAUAGCGGGCAAUGCGUCUCGGUGGACGACAGCAGUAAUGUUGUUUUGAGCGAUUGCAAGAAGAGGAAGCGAUGGAGCUACAACGGCAACAGGACUGCAGUCUGGUUAAUGGGCUCAGCACAAUGCUUGAGGGUGGAAGGGGAGGGACUGCCGGUGUUGCUGUCGGCCGAAUGCGAUGAUAACCGGAGCGUCUGGGGGCCGGUUUCGAGCUCAUGGUUUCAAAUCAGUGGCAUGGAUGCACAAGGAAGGCAUCUGUGCUUGGAGAGGAAUUCAUCUAAUUCCAAUUCUAUCUUCACCAAGAAGUGUCUUUGUUUGGAUAAUUUGGGUUGUUCUAAGAACCCUCAAACCCAAUGGUUUCAUUUUAUUCCUUCAAAUGUUGAAUGAUAUCGUCAUUUUGGCCAUGAAAGUAGAACGUGCUUGGCCACUUCAUUUU